AUGCGCCUCAACACCAGCGUCAUCGCUGGCUUCAUCGCCUUCGGUGCUGCUACGCCUGCCGGCUUCGCAGUCAAGCCAACUUCCACUGAAGACCCCGUCGAUGCUGUACCAGCCCAACACACUCCCGUCGUGGAUGGAAACUGGCACAUUGGCUGCGACAAGAACAACUACUGCUCCUACUACCAGGGAGACGAUAUGGCUGUUAGAAACAUCAACUCGGUGUCCCCUCGUACCAUUGCUUUGUCGGAAGCCACGUGCAAACAGUGUUCAAGUCAGGAUACCUGCCGCUAUUGUGAAAACGCACUCGGUUUCCGGUGCCGAGACUGCGACCACUACCAAUGCGAAGACGUAUAUCUGAAAGGUAGUACGACAUGCUUCGACAUCCAACCCGAGCUUGCCGACGCCAUUAGAAACCACACAGUCACAGCCACCAUCCUCGAGACUACCAUCAGCACCUCUGUCGUAACUGUGACCGCCAUGCCUACUUCUGAGGCAUCGAUUUCCGACAUCAUCACUACCAUCACGCUUGCUCGUACAGCCCUACCCCCGAGGCAUACUGGACCACCCCCUCGCGAUGAGGUAGCCUCCAACGAUCGGGACAAUCAAUCACCCACUCGUCGCACUGCUUUCAAGCAGUCAGAAUGCUUCCCUUGCAACGACCAAACUUGCCCAGAAUGUCACGCAGACUGUGCGGAGUGCGACAAGUAUCUUUGCAACAACUUGGCUACUCACACGACCGUGUGUAUGAGCGUCCGUUCCAAAUGGCAGCCUCCGGGCUUCAACGUCUCUGCCUCCGGGCCCAGUGAGACCACAACUACCACCCAGACAGUGGUCAUCUCAACCAUCGUCCCCACGUCCUCACCAGUCGUCACAGUUACCGUGUCUGCCCCUAUCACCAGUACCACUACUGUUGUCGUAGCUCCUCAGAGCUCCCCAUGCACUACGACCACUACUUCGAUACCUCUAGUAACCACCAGCACUGUGACAGUAGUUACUCAGCGUCCACAGACCAGCACCGUGACAGUUGUUGCUCAGCGUCCACAGACCACCACUGUAACAGUCGUUACUCAACGUCCACAGACCGGCGUCGUAACAGUAGUUGCUCAACAACCUCAAACCAAGACCGUCACUGUGCAGAAGCCGGCUUCUACCGUAAUCUAUCAGCAACCCGGCACCACAUCCAUCGUCACCGUACAGAACCCAGCCUCUACCGUCAUCUACCAGCAACCAGGCACAACUUCAAUCGUCACCUACCACUACCAGGACCCAGCUUCCACCAUCGUCCUCCAGCCACCAACUGUUACCGCUUCGCGCUCACCACACGUACUUGAGAUUCCCGUCACUGUGAUCACGACCGCGACCCACACCGUAGCCAGGUCAGUUCGUGCCAACCAAACUCCUGCGCCCAUGUCUCGCCACGAUAGCAUUAUCGCCAAGCCAAUUUGUGACGCUUGUGACGACAACCCGGAGUGCGAUAGGUGCGAUUUCGCUUGCGACCAAGGCUGUGAGCGCUUCCUAUGCAAAGACCCUCUCAGCGAAGCGGAACUCUGCGUAGCCUACCUAGAGGACGCCGAGGCGUCCAAAGCAUACGCCACGUCCAUGGCUUCUGGCGAUUUCCUUGGCUCCGCCGCUAUGCUUCUGGUGCUCGCCGGCGACGAGACCCCUUCUUCCAACACUUCGACCACCCAUUUACAGCCAGCGAUCUCCAACGGAACCCGGCCAAACUUCUCCUUUGCCGAGGAGGAUUGCUACCUGUGCGAGUCCGGUGAUGAGUCUUGCGAUAUGUGCGACUGGCAGUUCACCUGCGGCAUCAAGAAGAAGUGUUUUCACAACGGCGCGCGCGAGGUUGUCGAGAUGUGCUUCGAGAAGGGCGAAAAGUGCCGUCCUUGA